ACUUUACUUCAUGCAUGACUGUCUUUCUCUGUAAGAGUGAUAACGAGCAAACAGAUAAUCCUAACAGGCCUGAGUUUAUCCGUCUGCCACUUCCCUCUGGCCUCUGUUAGUGUAGAUAGGAUGUAUUUUCUCUCUCUCUCUCUCUCUCUCUCAUUCUCUUCCCGUUUCUCCCCCCCGCAGUAGCCUUCUUAAUGUAGUUUAAUGGCUUUACAAAGCCAGGCAGAAGAGCACUUUCCUCAGUGGCUGUGGUUGGACUAUGACCUCUCACCAUGAACUUGGAAGGGCUUGAAAUGAUAGCAGUUUUGAUCGUGAUUGUGCUUUUUGUUAAAGUGUUGGAACAGUUUGGGCUGAUUGAAGCAGGUGUAGAAGACAGCGUAGAAGAUGAAAUGGAAAUAGCCACUGUGCGGCAUCGGCCUGAAGCUCUUGAACUGCUGGAAGCACAGAGCAAAUUCACAAAGAAGGAACUUCAGAUUCUGUAUAGAGGAUUCAAGAAUGAGUGUCCCAGUGGGAUUGUUAAUGAAGAAACCUUCAAAGAGAUUUAUUCUCAGUUCUUUCCACAGGGAGAUUCUACAACCUAUGCACAUUUUCUCUUUAAUGCAUUUGACACUGAUCACAAUGGAUCUGUGAGUUUUGAGGACUUCAUUAUGGGUCUCUCAAUUUUACUUCGAGGGACAGUACAAGAAAAACUCAACUGGGCUUUUAAUUUGUAUGAUAUAAAUAAGGAUGGAUACAUAACUAAAGAGGAAAUGCUUGAUAUUAUGAAAGCUAUAUAUGAUAUGAUGGGAAAAUGCACUUACCCUGUUCUCAAAGAGGACGCCCCCAGACAACAUGUGGAAACAUUUUUCCAGAAAAUGGACAAGAAUAAAGAUGGGGUAGUUACCAUAGAUGAAUUCAUUGAAAGCUGCCAAAAAGUAAGUAAUGAUAAAUGUGAGCUAUUUAGUUACUUCCAUCAGCUGGCUAAAUGGUUGUCACAUAGUACUACCAAUUAGGAUUUGGAUGUAAAGAUGUAGCUUACACUUCUAGGCACCUUUACCAAAAACUGGGUCUGGCAAACUGUUCUACAAAACAGUCAGUUACAUAUGCAAACAUAUACAAUAUUUGUAUUCAUAGAGGUGAUAGUUUUUGAAAAGCUAAUGUUCACCUAUUCUACUAGUGUGUUUGCAUCCUCUCUUCCUGUGCAAAGCUACCAUGUAGUAGACAAUAAACUGUUUGUUAUGUGAAUAUUUGAGUCUUGUGAUGGGUAAAUAUCUGCCAGAACUCACAUUUAUUCACUGUAGGAUAAUUGAAUGUGCUAUUAUUUAAGAACUUAUCUACAGUUAGACAAGACAGCCUUAUAAAAAUAAGUAUUAUUUUUUUCAUAAUAAAAUUGCAGAAAACACCAAAGCUACUUGUUAUUUGUACACUGUACAAGGUUACAAGCUACUAGAGGAGCAUGGUACAUACAGAGGGUGUCAUAACUACAUUAGGUCAAGUGUUGAGAUCCAAACCGGGAAAAGGGCGAGCAACAAUUGAUUAGACCACACAGAUUGAUUUUCUUGAGAAAAGAACUGUCAAUGGCUAUAACAAACUAAAACCAUCAAUUCUGUCUAACAACAAGUACAGUAAAGUACAGUAGAUUUUAAUGGACAUACCAGCUCUAUUGGGAUUUUCUUGGAUAUGGGAAAGAAGAUUAGGAAAAACAACAACAAGAGUCAAUGUAUUGCCCUUUGAGAGAAGGAGGCCAGCAAUACAGAAUGGGUAAACAAGACUAGGAAAAGCAUGUCUAUCCAUGAACAACAAUUUAUAAACAUCUUGUAUCUCAAAAGCUGCACAGGAAAUAUAAAAGAUGGUAUGGACUUGUCAGUUGUUUUUUUUUUUUAACUUGCAUCUCUAGGUAUUCCAUGGGAAAUUCCUGUUGGAUCAAAGACAAGGAGAUAGUGAAAGGGUAUAGAGACCUACUCAAUGAUGUACUACUAUUCUUAAUAGCACUUUGCAUGGUGGCUGAUAAGCUUUGGAUACCAUUGACCAUAGUGUUGAUGGUGUUCUUUGCAGUGGAUCCACUCCCAAGUUUGCAGUGUUGCUGAGUAAGUUUUAGUUCCUGGAGAGAUCCGAUAUAGGGUGCUGUAGGGUUUUAUCUUGUCACUUCUCUUGUUCAGUAUGUGUGGAAGGCUGCUCAGGCAGACUGAUCACCAGUAUGCAGAUGGCAUUCAUCUGUCUCCCUCUCAUUAAAUGCCAAUUCUGCUAUUUCCUCAGUGCCUAAUGGAUUUGGAUAAGGCUGGGUAUAAAAUUACAGAUGGAGUCUGGACAAGAUGGCAAUGAUGCGGAUAGGUAGGAAAAUUCAUCUAUAGGAAUGGAGGAGAUUGUGCAGUAAAGUCUACAAUGUGGUUCUUUUCCAGAAUGAUUCAUGGCUUAAGCAGGCUGUUAUAGCCUUUGCUGUUUCUGAGUAAUCAGAUAUAUUGGCACUGGGCAGUUAUAGUCCAUCUCUGAUUCAUAGCAUGAGUGACAACCUUUAAAUCCCUACAUACUUUGGGACCCAGUAAUUUGGGAACUCAUCUCCUACAUCUUGCUGCGGCUGUUAGGGUGUUGGGCAUCAAUGCCUGGAACUUAGCUUUUCAAGACUAUCAGCAAAUAUUCUCAGUGUUUUGUUGUUCUCCAUACUGCUUAAAACCCACAUUUGAUGAGCUUCAGAUCACUCAAAAGAGAGCUUAAUGAUAAGCAUGGUUGGGUUAGAUAUGGACACUGUUUAGGCCAACACUAAAAAUUACAAGUGGCGACAUGGAAGAUGAUACGUCAAGCAUCUAAUCACUCUUGGCCAAACAAUCUUUUUUUUUUUUAAUUUCCAACUGUAUACAUCAUCUAGCUUUGGUAUUGUAGCCAGACUUAAUUUCAUAGAUUCUAUCUUUAUUAUUAAACAAUGAAAUUUCUCACUGCUCAUUUUACUUCUUGCAGUAGGUUCACUCUUACCUUUUAUUCAUCAAUUUUAGAGAUAAAACAAUACAUAUAUGAACCAAAACCUGAGAAAUUCUCUUCUGUAAAAUUGUUCUGUGUAACUGCAUUUCCACAGUGUGUUUCUGAAAAACAAUUAUUUCAGAAUAGCAGGAUCAAAAUCAGCCUUCAACUGCCAAUGCCAGUACCAGGUCCUUGUUUUCUUUAAAAAUGUUUUUUUUUUUUUGUGUGUGUAUUAGCCCAUAUCACCAAGAUUAAUAUGUUAGUUAAUAUGCAUACAGUGUGAAAUGCAGUUUUUCUGAUACUUUUCUAUAAUUUAGGAGUUGAUACUGUAAUUGUGUUUGCCACACUUGCCAACUAGCUAUAGUUGGAUAAUUGUACAUAGAUGAAACUAAUGUAGUUAGUAGUCUUCUACACUAGUUAUUAACUUAAAAAAACCCUGUAACUUCUCAGGCCAAUAGCACUGAUUACAAUUUCAAUGUAUCAGCAGUCUUGCAUAACGGAUAAUGAAGAGAGCCCAAGAGUACCACUAGAUUUAAUUGUAUUGGUCUAAAACCCUAUACUAGCACUAUCGUCAGUUGUAUAACAAGAUAUCUGAUUGUUAUUAGCUCAGAAUGAAUAAAUUAUUUCGAACAGCCACUGAUUUAUAGUUGAACUACAAAGCAACAUCACAAUGUUGAUAGAACAGGAAGACUAAGAACAGAUUCACUUGUUCAUUUCCUAUUUCGGAACUGAGAAAGAGUGUUGAAAGAAGCUUUUAAAACACAGGCUAGACCUAUGUUUAGCUGUCAGGCCCAAAGUUUUCCUGAAAAAAGACUGUAAGAAGUGGGACAGCUGUACAGUGCAGUGGGUAAAAAGUGGGCUUGCUACCAUUAUGAAGACAGGUGUGCUAUCCUAUUAUUAAAGAGGAAAUUUGGACAGCUUUCCACACAGCAUCACAACUCUAGUUGUAGAGACAUUUUUUGCUGGUAGGUAAUUCAUAUUUAUUGAUUCUGUUUAGAACAUCAUAUAAAGACGAGUUUUGUUGUUGGAUUUGUUAUGAAGUAUUUUACUACUGUUUAUCACAUCUGACCUCAUUGAGCAGAAUGAAUAAUCGAGUGGAGGGAGGCUCUAUUGGCUGCAAUUCAAUCCACAUAAGACAGAUAAUGUUGGUUGGGGGAAGGAGCCAUAUGAUUAUACAGAUAUAAUAUACUUCAGUGAGAGAGUACAAAUGCCAUUUGUUAAAUAUGGCUGCAGAAUCCAUGCGGUUUUAAGAAGCUACUUGAUUGCUCCUAGAUGCCCAGGUUAUGGACAUGGACAAAUACACUUUCUUCUAAGUGCACUUGCUGAGACAAGUUCACCAUUUUCACUCCAGUGUGUCCCUUGCUACAACCCUCACUUUGAGAUUAGUUUAUGGUAAUUAGCUACAUGACAAGACCACUUGGAAACUAGAGCUAGAGAAGAACAUAGGCUAGUUUAUUAGGUGAAGUUUCGUGCUGAGAGUUUAUUGUCAAUAAGCUUCUGGGUGGAAUUCAAAGCAAGGAUUUUAACCUAUUAAGAAAGCCUAGAAUAAUUUAGGCCCUAAUUACAUGAGAGAUCACAGCUGAAAAGGAGCUGGAGCUACCUCGAUCUAGGAGAUAGCACUCUUCAUAAGAUACUCUCUACUCUUCCUUUGGUCCAAAACUUAGGCAAAUGCAAGACCAAAUUAUUUUCUUAGGUAUUGAGAGGUGGACAAUAAGGGGUAGUUUUAGUGUGACUGCUGAGAGUCUUCAUCAUUAUUAUGUAUAUUUAUUUAGUGGAGGAUGACAAGUACAUUUUGAUGAUUCUGAGCAAGAUAACUGUGUAAGGGUACCUCUAAAAGUUUAAAUAAAAAUGGAUUAAAUUAGUUUCCUAUUUAAUAUCGACAAACAGAAGUAGAAUCAGAGAACACUUGCUAUGUCAUACUGCCAGUGGGGAAAAAUCUGAGCUGAGGAGCCAACAAUUUUAACAAUGUAUUUGAGAGAAUUAUCAAGAGGCUUAGCUCACACAGUGAUGCAUGCAUGUGCUGACUCAGUUUUAAAUUGUUCUUCAAUCUACAAAAUAGUCCCUUAUAAUGCCAAAGGGUUUUUUGGGAAGAAUAUACUGUGCCAGGCAACAAUUUCAAAUAUAUGGAAGUUAAUGUCUGUACUCAAACUGCAUAUAUGAAGUUAUGACAUAUUUUUAAUAGUGUCAAAAGAUUAAUUGAUUACCUCCAGAACAGUGUAGACUAGUUUAUAGAAUGAUUAACAAAAACACAAAUGAAAUUAAUAUGCUCUUUUCAGUUUUUUAAAAUUUACAGUAGCUAUUAAUAAUUUUGAUAUUUUUUCUAAAAUCAGUUUCAGUGUUAAGUUUUAUCAUCACUUAUUCAUUUUUCCGAACAAGUUGCUGCUGUCAGUAACUAACAUUAGUGACUUCGACUCACUUUUUCCCCUCUAUACUCUUAAGAUAAUCUGACAUGUAUUUUUUUUCUUCUUACAGGAUGAAAACAUAAUGUGUUCCAUGCAGCUCUUUGAAAAUGUGAUUUAACAAUGUGGUUUACUCUGCAAUUAAUGGACAAAUGUGAACUAUUCUGCAACAUUACUUAAAGCUGGAUUUGCCACAUUUAUCAUAUGUAGGAUUGCUCAGCUUUACACUGAGACACGUAUUCUGCUAAUAAGUUUUGUUUUAUUAUAAAGCAUUCCUCCCAAAAAUGAUUUCCCAAAGGUUAGGAUGUAAUAAUUUGUCCUUUAUCCAAUGGGAUAUUCUAAAAAUAUUAGGUUUUACCCCACAACUCCCAAAAAUAGCAUAGCAUCUGCCAUUAUACAGCUUUAUUACCAUUCCAGCCAAGAGGCUUUAACACAAGGAGAUCAGAAAUAGCUGUUUUUGAUACUUGUUUGUAUUGGAUUCAGCCCCAGGAUUUUAAGUGUCAACCUCUGUUUUACAGAGAAAUCACUCUGUAUUGUGUAAUACUCAUUUUUGCAUACUAUGAAUAAAGAUUCGUACAGUUGAUGAGCAAUACAUAUCUCCUGCAACAACAUCCAAAUUUAUUUGGCUUUCUUUCCUCUUUUACUGAAGCCCACCUAAUUAACAUAAGAGGAAGAAAUAUUUUUAAUAAUAAAAAAUGUAAUGACUCAGAUAGACAUGUACCCCAGAUAGGUAUUAAACAAAUCAUCCUUACCUAAUAAAUCUGCAUUUAUGAAUUUUUCAUGAAAUGAGUACCUGAAGUCCUAUAUAUUGUAUGUGUAAUUCGGGUUGGACUGUCAGUAAAGUUUCCUGCUCAAAAUUAAAGACCUGAAAAGGUUCUGAGUUCAAAUUUCUUUGUGAAGAAAAUCUAAGUUUACCAUUAUUUCCAGAAGUACAUGUCUUACCGGUUUUAAUGAGGAAAAAAGGAGAUAAUGGUCUUUUGA